AUGGCUGGUAAAAAUCAACUUCCAUUUCACGUACGUGCUACUGAUGUAGUUCACAGGUUAACAGUUCUAGGGUUAGCUGGAUUCUGUAUUAUAGGUGGAGGAUCGAUAGUCUUUAACAUUUGGGCAAAUUCCGAUUUUGCUCCUUGGAACAAAAAGAAGUUGAAAUUCGAGGAAGAACAGUACCACCAGUCGAGGGAAGGUAAUGACUCGACUGAAUAA